AUGUCUCGUCGUCAAGGAGAGAUCAACUACGCCGAACUCGAGCAAGGAAACUUCUCGGACGAGUCAUUCAGUGACGAAAAUGGGCGUAAUGACGACGACGAUUAUGGUUCCAGAAACAAACCGGGAAAACGGUCAAAAUCAUCUUCGGCCAAACCGGGUUCUGGAAGUGCCAAAAGACGUAAUGUUAAUUCUGCAAGGGAUAAUAUGGAGUCUCUCAAGCAAAAGGCUCCACGACAAACAUAUAAUGAAGACCAGUUAGUGCAAAUAACUCCUGAUAUGCCGGCAGAUUAUGUUCCCGAUGCCGUAUCCAAGGCAUUUGGAAGACUGGACUUUUCGUAUUUGAAGCUCAAACCUGACCAUUUUACCCGUCCGUUGUGGAUUUCACCCACGGGAGGACGCAUCAUUAUUAUCCUUGAGUCGUUUUCGCCGUUAGCUGAACAGGCUCAGGACUUCCUUAUCACCAUUGCGGAACCUAUCUCUCGACCAUCUCAUAUUCACGAGUUCCAAUUGACGGUUUACUCGCUAUACGCUGCGGUUUCGGUCGGUUUGGAGACAGAAGAUAUCAUUUCCGUGUUGAACAGAUUGUCCAAAGUACCUGUUGCUGAGUCCAUUUUGGAGUUCAUUCGCAGCGCUACAGUUUCAUAUGGUAAGGUGAAGUUGGUGUUGAAGCAUAACCGGUACUUUGUGGAAAGCACCCAAGCGGAUGUGUUGCAAAUGCUCUUGAAGGAUGAAGUUAUAGGUCCGCUUCGGAUCCAGUCAUCGGAAAAUGCCGUUGCUAGCAAUGGUCUAGUACAAUCCGCUGCCCCAGUUUCAAACUUGUCGAUUCCUGGAACCAAGAAAAACCAUGCUGAGGGCGAAGAAAAGAAGGAUGUGGAGGAUAUUUUCGCAUCUGUGGUGGGAAACAAAGACGACGAGGACGAUGAUCUCGAUACAGUUCACUCAUUUGAAAUCGCACCCGAGUCGGUGGAAAUUGUCAAGAGACGAUGCCAGGUGAUAGACUACCCUGUCUUGGAAGAGUAUGACUUCCGUAAUGACGACCGUAACGCCGACUUGAACAUUGACCUAAAACCAUCCACUCAAAUCAGACCUUAUCAGGAAAAAUCACUUUCUAAAAUGUUUGGAAAUGGCCGUGCUCGUUCUGGAAUUAUUGUCUUGCCCUGUGGAGCUGGAAAGACAUUGGUGGGCAUCACCGCAGCAUGUACAAUUCGGAAAUCCGUUAUCGUAUUGUGCACUUCGUCAGUUUCUGUGAUGCAAUGGAGACAGCAGUUUCUUCAAUGGAGUACAAUUCAACCAGAAAACGUUGCUACUUUUACGUCAGAAAACAAGGAAAUGUUCACCAGCGAGUCGGGAUUGGUUGUUAGUACGUAUUCUAUGGUUGCCAACACCAGAAACAGAUCGUACGAUUCACAAAAAGUGAUGGACUUCUUGACUUCGAGAGAAUGGGGUUUCAUCAUUCUUGACGAAGUGCAUGUGGUUCCAGCAGCAAUGUUUCGUCGAGUGGUGACAACCAUCGCUGCUCAUGCCAAACUUGGGUUGACUGCUACAUUGGUUAGAGAAGACGACAAGAUUUACGAUUUGAACUUUUUAAUCGGGCCCAAAUUGUACGAAGCAAAUUGGAUGGAUUUGGCCCAGAAAGGUCAUAUUGCCAAUGUUCAGUGUGCUGAAGUGUGGUGUCCAAUGACCUCUGAGUUUUAUCAGGAAUAUUUAAGAGAAACUUCGAGAAAACGAAUGCUUUUGUAUAUUAUGAACCCCACCAAGUUUCAAGCAUGUCAAUUUUUGAUUCACUACCACGAAAAGAGAGGAGACAAGAUCAUUGUGUUCAGCGAUAACGUUUAUGCAUUGCAAGAAUACGCUUUAAAACUCGAAAAACCGUUCAUUUAUGGCUCGACACCUCAACAAGAAAGAAUGAAGAUCUUGCAAAACUUUCAACACAACGACGAAAUCAAUACCAUCUUCCUUUCAAAAGUGGGAGACACCUCUAUUGACUUACCCGAGGCCACAUGUCUCAUACAAAUAUCAUCACACUAUGGUUCGAGAAGACAAGAAGCACAAAGACUCGGUCGGAUUUUGCGUGCCAAGAGAAGAAACGACGAGGGAUUCAAUGCAUUUUUCUACUCGUUAGUCUCAAAAGAUACCCAGGAAAUGUACUAUUCUACAAAGAGACAAGCGUUCCUUGUUGAUCAAGGUUAUGCUUUCAAAGUGAUCACACAUUUGAGUGGAAUGGAACAGCUUCCAGAUUUAGCAUAUUCGUCACCAAGGGAAAGAAGAGAGCUUCUUCAGGCGGUGCUACUUAAAAACGAAGAUGCCGCGGGAUUGGAGGUUGGAGAUGAUUUGGAUACCAAUUUCAUCACCCAAGAAAGACGGAAUAAGAUUGAAAGUGAACAAAGCGAUGCUGUUCGUAGUACCGGAUCUCUUGCUGGCUUGGCUGGUGGGGAAGAUAUGGCAUAUGUGGAAUAUUCGAAGAGCAAGAAUAAGGAGAUUCGCGAGAACACCAUGAUCAAGAAGUUGUACAAGCGGAGGUAG